GUCAGAGCUGUCCUGAGAACAUGACACCUUCCCGGUCUGGGAACGUGUUUACAGCCAGAGAUCCCGGCCCUUGGCCUCAGGGACGGACGGACAGACAGAUCCAGGGCUCAGAAAGCAGGAGGGUCUGGGGGGUUGCAGAAGAGGGGCACAGGCAAUUAUCAGAGCAGAAAAGAAAGGGUGAGAAUAGAAGAAAGUGUAUGUGGGGGGGGACAUAUGGUGUGAAUGAAUCAGGGCCUGAGCAGGAGAGGGUACAGGCUGAGUGUGGGAAGGGGGAAGUGAAUUGGGGCUGGAGGAGGGGGUACAGGCUGAGUGUGGGAGGGGGGAAGCAAAUUGGGGCUGGAGGAGGAAGUACGAGCUGAGUGCAGGAAAGGAGAAGCGAAUCGGGGCCAAGAGAGGUGGGAACACGGUGUGAGGGAGGGAACAAAUCAGUGGAGAGAGAAGCAGGGGCACCCACGGUGGGGAACCCCCCCGUCCCGGCCCAUGGCCACCGUUGCCGGGCCCUGACCUCCCCCGCCAUGGAGAAGCCGGCGCUGCCAGCGGGGGGAUCCGCCGAGGCGCCUGGCCCCUACAUCCCGUGCCUGCGCCGGGACUGCUGCGAGCGGGUGGUGAUCAACGUGGCGGGGCUGCGGUUCGAGACCCAGGCCAGGACCCUGCUCCGGUUCCCCAACACCCUGCUGGGCGACCCUCGGCGCCGGCACCGCUACUACGACCCGCUGCGGGGCGAGUUCUUCUUCGACCGCAGCCGGCCCUGCUUCGACUCCAUCCUCUACUACUACCAGUCGGGCGGGCGGCUGCGGCGCCCCGCCAACGUCCCUCUCGACAUCUUCCUGGAGGAGCUGAAGUUCUACCAGCUGGGAGAGGAGGCGCUCAGCAAGUUCCGGGAGGACGAGGGCUUCGUCAAGGAGGAGCAGCGCCCGCUGCCCGGGCCCGAGUUCCUCAAGCAGGUCUGGCUGCUCUUCGAGUACCCAGAGAGCUCGCAGGCCGCCCGCAUCAUCGCCAUCAUCUCCGUGCUGGUCAUCCUCAUUUCCAUCGUCAUCUUCUGCCUCGAGACGCUGCCCGAGUUCCGGGACGAGCGGGACAUUUCGCUGCCGAUCCCCCAUCACCGGGCCAACAGCAGCCACGUGCACGCCCCCAAGAGCCAGCUGGACGACCCCUUCUUCAUCGUCGAGACCAUCUGCAUCUGCUGGUUCUCCUUUGAGCUGGUGGUGCGGUUCCUGGCCAGCCCCAGUAAGCCGGCCUUCUUCAAGGACAUCAUGAACAUGAUCGACUUCGUGGCGAUCAUCCCCUACUUCGUGGCGCUGGGCACGGAGUUCGCCCGGCAGCGGGGGGUGGGCCAGCCAGCCAUGUCGCUGGCCAUCCUCCGUGUCAUCCGGCUGGUCAGGGUCUUCCGCAUCUUCAAGCUUUCGCGCCACUCCAAGGGGCUGCAGAUCCUGGGCCAGACGCUGAAGGCCAGCAUGCGAGAGCUGGGCUUGCUCAUCUUCUUCCUCUUCAUCGGCGUCAUCCUCUUCUCCAGCGCCGUCUACUUCGCCGAGGCUGACCACACCGAGACCAACUUCACCAGCAUCCCUGAGGCCUUCUGGUGGGCCGUGGUCACCAUGACCACGGUGGGCUAUGGGGACAUGUCCCCCGUGACAGUGGGCGGGAAGAUCGUGGGCUCGCUGUGUGCCAUCGCCGGGGUCCUCACCAUCUCCCUCCCGGUGCCCGUCAUUGUCUCCAACUUCUCCUACUUCUACCACAGGGAGACAGAAGGCGAGGAGCAGGGCCAGUACAUCCAUGUGGCCGGCUGCCCUGGCCGCCUGCCCUCCCCGUUGGUGCCUGCCCGCUGGGAGAAGGCCUGCGGCAAGGAAGAGACAUACUGUGGAGAUGGGGCCCUGGCGCUGCCCAACUCCCGGCUCCUGGAUGGGAUGGUGGCCUCGGCCAGCAGCCAGACAGUCCUGUUGGAGCCCCAGCAACCCAACCGGGGCCUGGUGACCCAGGUGUGA